CCGCCCGGGACAGCGGCAGUGCGUGUCCCGUAGCGUCGCGGGGAAGAUGAUGUGCGAGGUGAUGCCGACCAUCAGUGAGGGAGACUCGGCCGGUCCUCCGAGAGGCACCGGCGGAGUCCCGAACGGCUCGGAGCAGGAGGCCAACUUCGAGCAGCUCAUGGUCAACAUGCUGGACGAGAGGGACAAGCUGCUGGAGUCCCUCAGGGAGACGCAGGAGACCCUCAUCCAGUGCCAGGCUAAGCUGCAGGGGGCGCUCCACGAGAGGGACAUGCUCCAGCGGCAGAUCAACGCCGCGCUGCCUCAGGAGUUUGCCACCCUGACAAAGGAGCUAAACAUCUGUCGGGAGCAGCUGCUGGAGAAAGAAGAGGAAAUAUCAGAGCUGAAAGCUGAAAGGAACAACACCAGGCUGCUGUUGGAGCACCUGGAGUGUCUGGUGUCCCGUCAUGAGCGCAGUCUGAGGAUGACGGUAGUGAAGAGACAGGCCCCGCCGCCAUCUGGAGUCUCCAGCGAGGUGGAGGUCCUCAAAGCUCUGAAGUCGCUGUUUGAACACCACAAGGCUCUGGAUGAAAAGGUGCGCGAGAGGCUUCGGGUGUCUCUGGAGAGGGUGGCAACCCUGGAGGGACAGCUAGCAACAACCACGCAAGAGUUGAACAUGGUGAGGCAGAGGAAAGACUGUGAUUCAGUGGAGCGAACAGAUGGAUCCAAACCUACGUGGAAGAGGCUGCCCAACGGCUCUAUAGACGCCAAUGACGACGGCAGCCGGGUGUCUGAGCUUCAGGAGCUGCUGGAUCGGACCAACAAGGAGCUCGCUCAGAGCCGCGAGCACUCUGCCGCGCUCAACGCACGCAUGGUCGAGCUUGAGGCGGAGCUCGCAAAUACGCGUCGAGAACUGAGCCGCAGCGAGGAGCUGUCAAUCAAACAGCAGAGGGAGCAGAGAGAGAGAGAAGAUUUGGAGGAGAGGAUAACAACGUUAGAGAAACGAUACUUGGCUGCUCAGCGGGAGACCACGCACAUCCACGACCUCAACGACAAACUGGAGAAUGAACUGGCCACCAAAGAUUCACUGCACAGACAGAGUGAGGAGAAGGUGCGCCAGCUGCAGGAGAUGCUGGAGAUGGCUGAGCAAAGGUUGGCUCAGACCAUGAGGAAAGCUGAGACUCUGCCAGAGGUGGAAGCUGAACUGGCUCAGAGAGUUGCAGCGCUCUCCAAGGCGGAGGAGCGGCAUGGCAACGUGGAGGAGCGGCUCAGACAGCUGGAGUCGCAACUGGAUGAGAAGAACCAAGAGCUUGCAAGAGCUCGUCAAAGGGAGAAAAUGAACGAGGAGCACAACAAGCGUUUAUCUGACACAGUGGAUCGUUUGCUCACGGAGUCCAACGAGCGGCUGCAGCUCCACCUGAAGGAGCGCAUGGCUGCCCUGGAGGACAAGAACUCCCUCAUUCAGGACCUGGAGAACUACCAGAAACAGCUUGAAGAGUUCCACCAUACCAGGGAACGAAUGAUUGGCGAGAUCGAUAAACUGAGAAACGAGAUUGACCACCUGAAGCGCCGCAGUGGAGCAUUUGGAGAUGGAGCUCACCCUCGGUCUCACUUGGGAAGCUCCAGCGACCUCCGCUUCUCUGUGGUGGAGGGCCAAGAUGGCCACUACAGCACAACAGUGAUCAGGCGGGCUCAGAAAGGCAGACUGUCAGCACUAAGAGAUGACCCUAAUAAGGACUACCCGUCUCUGCGUGGUAGUGUCAGCCACCUCCUUGGCAGUGACAUCGAGGCCGAGUCGGACAUGGACGACGACGUCAGCUCGGCUCUGCUCUCCCCCAGCGGCCAGUCGGACGCUCAGACUCUUGCGCUCAUGCUGCAAGAGCAACUUGACGCUAUCAACGAGGAGAUAAG